UAUCGUUCCACGUUUGAAAAAUUAAAUUACGUUAUCUUUUGAAAAGUUCAAAUUGCAAUUUUUUUUUUACAACACGCUUAUUAUCAAAAACAUUUUCAUACAAUGCCAACAGUAAUUUUAACGAAAACAUAAAAUUUGUUUCGGAAUUAUUGUUUGAGGACCAGGUAGUCAUUGAACAGUAGGGUUAUUAGUGUGUGUGCUAUAUGUAAGUACGUAAUCCGUUAUUAUUGUUUGAAUUUGCUAACUGGAAAAUAGCCGAGUAACUAUUAACUUGCAGUCAUGUGGUCAUCGUCGAAAAGAGAAGUUGCGCAUUCUCAAUUUUGUAAUUAGGAGAAUUAUUUCGCAAAAAUCGUUGUUUGAAUUAUUAUUUAUUUUAUAAUUUAAUAUUGCUAGAAGUAUUUAUUUCAAUUUGAAGUGACAUAUCUACAUAAUAAAUUCAUAAAAAUAUUUUUGAAAAUCUAUAACUAGCUAAAACUUUAUUUUAAUGGAUACCGAAAAUGGAAGACUACCAGGAGAUUUCCACGAAUAUCAUCACACUUUGGGAAAACGGCCAAAAUUUCUUCUCCAAUAAUGAAAAGACGGAAAUCGGAGUUGGAAGUAGAUGAUUUGGAAAAAGAAUCUAAAGUCUUGUCUUCAUUUUAUCCAAGUCCACCACCCGUAGACUUGGUGCAAACAGCAAUGUACGGGCGAUAUACCAAAGAACUCGGUGACUAUGUUAAAGAACCUCGAAAUCGGACACCGUCCAUUAUACAUACACACACAAGCGAUGAUUUUAGCAGAUACAGCGGCAAAAUCAGCUCGACUUUGGAAGUUGUUUGGCGACAUUCAUUCGCUAAGCUUGGUGAAGACUGGGUAUUUUUGACCAUGCUGGGGCUUGUUAUGGCUGUGCUUAGUUUUGUGAUGGAUUACAGUAUAGAUUUUAUCAAUGAAGGUAGAAUAUGGUUGUAUAAAGACAUGGCGUUUAAUCAGUAUUUGCAGUAUAUAGUUUGGGUUCUUUUGCCUGUUAGUUUAAUUAUUUUUGCUGCUGGUUUUGCUCAUUUAGUUGCACCUCAAUCUAUAGGUUCAGGAAUUCCAGAAAUGAAAACCAUAUUAAGAGGAGUCGCUCUAAAAGAAUUUCUCACUUUAAGAACUUUAAUUGCCAAAGUUAUCGGAGUGACGGCAACAUUAGGCUCAGGUCUACCUCUUGGAAAAGAGGGUCCAUUUGUGCAUAUUGCUAGUAUUACAGCCACAUUAUUAACAAAAGUAAUUACAUCUUUCAAAGGAAUAUACGAAAAUGAAUCUAGGAAUACAGAAAUGUUGGCUGCUGCUUGCGCUGUAGGAGUAGCAAGUUGUUUUGGGGCUCCUAUAGGAGGCGUUCUAUUUAGCAUUGAAGUAACUACGGUUUACUUUGCAGUAAGAAAUUAUUGGAGAGGUUUUUUUUCUGCUGUAUGCAGUGCUACAGUUUUUAGACUUUUGGCAGUAUGGUUUAAUAAAGAAGAUACCGUGAAAGCUUUUUUCCCUACUCAUUUCACCAUGGAAUAUCCUUUUGACCCACAAGAAAUGACAGUAUUUGCACUUUUAGGUGUAGUUUGUGGAUUGUUUGGAGCUGGUUAUGUUUGGGCUCAUAGGCAGUAUGUGCUUUUUAUGAGACAGAGUAAAAAAAUGAACGUUUUCCUCCAAAAGAAUCGAUUCUUAUAUCCCAGUUUGAUUACUUUUCUCAUAUUGUCUAUGACGUUCCCUUUGGGUAUUGGCAAAUAUAUUGCUGGAGAUUUAACAGUUAAUGAUCAGUUGAGAGGUUUGUUCAGUAAUUUUACUUGGACCAAAGAAGAAUUUACAAUUGAGGAAUCGGAAAUGAUGAAUCAUUGGCGAACAGAAAACACUAACGUUUUUGUCUGCUUAUCAGCUUACGUAGCUUACAAUUUUGUAUUUUCAAUAAUUGCAUCAACUAUUCCUGUACCAUCCGGUAGUUUCAUACCUGUGUUUAAAACAGGAGCUGCUUUUGGUCGUAUUGUUGGUGAACUUAUGCAUUUAUGGUUUCCCUAUGGUGUGAGGCACGGUAAAUUUAUUACGACAAUCAUACCAGGUGGUUAUGCCGUGGUCGGGGCUGCAGCUUUCAGUGGAGCCGUUACUCAUUCUAUUUCAGUAUCUGUUAUAGCAUUUGAAAUGACUGGACAAAUAACACACAUUAUACCUGUUAUGAUGGCUGUCUUGAUAUCUAAUGCUGUAGCAGUUUUGUUACAGCCAUCGUUAUACGAUAGUAUAAUUUUAAUAAAAAAUCUUCCGUACUUACCCGAUCUUUUACCAUCAAGUUCAGGUAUGUAUAGCGUUUAUGUGGAAGAUUUUAUGGUCAGAGAAGUCAAGUAUAUUUGGUACAAUAUGAACUACAGAGAUCUAAAAAAAGUUCUAAAAGAAAAUAAAGUUUUGAAGAUUUUUCCUCUAGUCGAUAAACCCGAGUCAAUGAUUUUAUUGGGAUCAGUACCUCGUAUAGAGCUGAUCAAACUAAUAGAUAGACAAGUAGGUAAAGAAAGACGUAUGCAAGUUGUAGCAAAAUGGCAGAAGGAAGCACAAGAAAGACUCGAAGAAGCUGAAAAGAGACGUCGAGAAAUUAAAGAGAGACGACCAUCUAGAUUUGAGGUUACACCAGCCCCAGAUAGUCUACAAAUAAAACAUUCAACGAGCUCUCAAUCGCUUAAAACAAGCUUCCCACAAAAGUUUGAAUGCAGUUCAAUGUCAAGAAACAAUCCCAAAAAAUCAAUUUUGAAAAAAACAAAUUCAUUCAAUCUACACAACCUAACUCCAAUGCAAUUAACCCCGUCAGUUACACCAUACUCCACAAUAACUGGUGCUGAGAGUCGUAUACGGUUAGCUUUUGAGGCUAUUUUUCACAAAUCUGCUAAUUUGCGUGAUGCCAACCCUGAACAAAAUUGUUUAGACGACGAAGAUAAAGAACCUAAUUCAUCGCAAAUCAUUCAAGUUUUAAAAAAAGUGCAAUUGCCUAAAGAAAGAGUAAUAGAUAUGUCUCCAGAAGAGCAAAAUGAAUGGGAACAAAAAGAAAUGAACAAAUUAUUAGACUUUGGAUCUUGUCACAUAGAUCCUGCUCCUUUCCAGUUAGUGGAGAGAACGUCAUUACACAAAGUUCAUUCAGUGUUUUCUUUGCUCGGUGUAAAUCACGCAUAUGUGACUGCUAUAGGUCGUUUAGUCGGUGUUGUUGGUUUGAAAGAGCUACGAAAAGCGAUAGAAGACACAAAUUCAGGUAAUAAAUUUACUCAUAGACAGACUGUCGCAGGUUUUCAAAGUACAGCAAUGGAAUCUCUAUUAAACUCUAAAAAUACUGACGAAGAUGAUCAUGAUAUACCUUAAAGAUUACCAAACAUUAAUGCUAUUGUCAUCAAAUUAACGAUAGAUUAUGUUUAGUGAUACUUGAAAGUAUAGAAACCGAUUCGUUUUCAGUAUAAAUAUAGAUAAGGUAGAAUUUAAAUUAAUUAGUAUUAUAUUUUACUUUUUUUAAACAAAUAAGCGCCUCAUCUAUUUAUACUCUACGAUAAGGCAUAAUGACGAUUCUUUGAAACGUAACUGUUUUUUUAUACAAAUAUACCAAUUAUAAACUUUUGUCUAUGUGAUAAUUGUCAAAAAAAAAAAGAUUUCUUUUGUAAUUUUUUUUUUU